UGCCAAAUGCGCAGACGCUGAAUGUAAACCCGGGGUGUGCUGACGUCACCGUCUCUCUCUCCUCCGGUUAGGCGCGCGCGAAAGUAGCGGAGUGAAAUCUCACGAGCUAGCGCUGAUCAAACCGAAUAGAAACUCUCCCUAAUCUUCAAACAUCUGCAAGAACCAUGGCGGACCCAAAGGAGGCACAAGAUGAUCAUGAUGCAUCCACAGAAAAUGUAGAGGACCCCAACCAUGACCCUCAGUUUGAACCCAUUGUCUCGCUACCGGAGCAGGAUGUCAAGACCCUAGAGGAGGAUGAGGAAGAACUUUUCAAGAUGAGGGCAAAGCUGUAUCGUUUUGCCAGUGAGAACGAUCCCCCUGAGUGGAAGGAGCGUGGGACGGGUGAUGUCAAACUCCUGCGACACUCGGAGAAGGGUUCCAUCCGCCUUCUCAUGAGAAGAGACCGCACCCUUAAAAUCUGUGCCAACCAUAACAUUAUGCCGUUGAUGGAGCUGAAGCCCAAUGCAGGCAGUGACAGGGCCUGGGUGUGGAAUACACAUGCUGACUUUGCAGAUGAAAAACCCAAACCAGAGCUGCUGGCUAUUCGAUUCCUCAAUGCAGAGAAUGCACAGAAGUUCAAGAUGAAGUUUGAUGAAUGCAAAGAAGAGGUCAGAAAAUCUCUAGAAGGUAAGAUUGAUGGAAUUUUCUACCAUGUCACCAUGCAGACUCACUCUGUUUAA